AUGCCAUCCAUAGAAGGCUCUGGCAUUACUGGUACAGCCGAGGACAGCGUGGAAGGUCGGCAGCAGAAGCCCAAAACCCUACCGUGCAAGUUCUGCGACAAACGCUUUAGGGAUCUCCUCGUUCGCCACGAGAAACUCGUUCAUCUCAAUGAAGGGUCUAAUAAGGACGGUAACCGGCCCCGGAAGCCGUCGACGGCCGGCGCUGCCCAACCGCCUCUAUCAUCUGAGAGCCAUGUCGACUCCGAAAUGAUGGGAAUGCCUCGGGCUCACCCGGCGCACUAUCAUUCAGAUUCUAUGUCCUCUUCUGUGACAGUACCUCCGCUUGCCCCUGAUCCCCGCCACUCCGCCAGGGCUACAGCAUGCAAUCUUGACCUUUUGUCUGAUGCUGCCACGCAGAUUGCUUCUGCGAACGAGGUUAACUCGAUGCAACCGAUGAUGACGGAUAUUGGACAACCAGUGGCCGGCUUGACACGCAUUAAGUCAUAUGACGAAGGAAUACCAUAUACCGACCGUGUACGUGAGCCCGAACCUGUAGCUAUGUCACACGGACUACCUAAUCCAGCUGGGCCGUCUGCUUUUGACGACUAUAAUCUCUUCUUAGACGAAUUUGCGACAUCGUCUCACUUCCUCCCACAAGCCUUCGAUGCGGAUCAGAGUAUGGGUAUGUGGCCACGACAUCUUUCCGACAUUCAACGGGUUGGGCUUUCCAAGCCGUCAUCUCAAUUCCCCUCUCGUUUCCCAUCAUUAGCCCCUGACCAGAGAGAUACAACGGACGGUGGCCCUAGAACACAUGACGAAUCAACGAGAUCGCAGCCCAUGAGGGUUUCUGCAAUGGACCAUACCGUGAUAAAAAAUCGACUCGACGAAUUCUCAUCCGUUCUACCGAAUGAUUUCGUGUUUCCUUCUCGGCAUACUCUCACUAGGUUUCUAGAAGGGUAUGUAAGCGGUUUUCAUGAACACUUGCCGAUCCUGCACCUGCCAACGAUAACAGCCGCCGAUCUUGCCCCGGAACUCCUACUGGCGAUAUUAGCAGUAGGCGCACAAUAUAGAUUCGAGAGUCAUCGAUCAAAUGCUUUAUGGUAUGCAGCUAAAGCAGUAGCGCUUGAACAAAUUCGACGUCGCCACAGUCACGAAGUGCACGGUUUGUUACCAACGCCAGCAGCGUACAGUCCUCAUUCUACGCGACCAUCUCCAAGCCAUGGAUUCCGCCACUCCUUUAGUUCUGUUCAACAGGAACGUUCGAUGACGCAAGAUACGCACCGAGAGCCGUACUCUCCCAAUACACCUCAAUCUCGUAUGGAAACCAUCCAGGCUCUUCUUCUAAUGUUUGCUGUUGGGCUCUGGGGCGCCAAAGCUAUUCUUCGAGAAGCCUUAUCAUUACAAAGCCUUCUAGCUCUCUUAGUGCGUGAGGAAGGAUUUCUUUCAGAGUCCACGCAGACGGCCGAUUGGGAGGCAUGGGUACGGAUAGAAGGAUCUAAUCGCACAAAGCUCAUUGCGUACAGUUUCUUUAAUCUGUGUAGUAUUGCGUAUAAUAUGCCACCUCUACUAUUGACGUCGGAACUUAACCUCAUUCUCCCGCACUCGUCAAAACUCUGGAGAGCAGAAACAGCUUGGCAGUGGCAAGAAGCUCGUCAAUCAUUCCCUAGUAUGGAUAUAUCGCUCCAGGAUGCAUUUGCGAGAUUAUUCAGCAGACCACCACAAGGACCUCCAGCUUACAUGUCCUCUCUCGGUAAUUACAUCCUCAUUCAUGCUAUAUUACAACAUAUCUUUCUCCUGAAGCAAACAUCCUUCAAUUCCGUGUCAAUUUUUGGGGGACUUCGUCAUGAUGAUGUUGAAGAUUGCUUUCAGGCCCUACGGAUCUGGCAGAUGAGUUUCGAACAGCACCAGGCGCGCAUAACAGAGGGUAACCACCAGAGCGGCCCAGAUUCAUUCCCCGGUGGCUCCGUUACUUAUAAUUCAACCGCACUUUGGCGGUUGGCUUCUAUCCGGUUGUAUACAGAUUUGAGUCCUAGCAGAACCCUCGAAACAAGAGAAGCGAGUCAGAUUGCACAGUCUUUCCAUGACGCACCGUAUCUCGUUCGCAGUGUGCGCCUCAACCGAGCCGUCUUUCAAGCCAUACAUGCAUUGUCUAUGCUUGUUAAGGUAGGUGUCAACUACGUAGCAAGGAGGAAGUCAUCGGAAUGGAGUAUGCAGCACUCGCUAUGCAAUUUGGAAUGCGCUAUUCUCCUUUCGAAAUGGCUAAUGACUCUUGCUUCGACCGGCCCGACAGGUGCGCCUCCCGAGCCCGACGAACGAAACCUUCUCGAAAUGCUCCGCCACAUGCUUGAUGAAACAGAGUUUGCGGUACCGAUUGACCCUUCGCUCUCAGGAGGCGGCCCGGGGCAUGGUCCAUCAAACAUGGAUAUGGCUGCGAACGACGGUACAAAGCUGCGUCAGCUUGCAGUAGCCGUAAUUCGGCUUUGGGCUGAGACGUUUAAAGGAUCGCAUAUCUUUGAUAUCGUAAAAGUGAUUGGUGCUGGGUUGGAAGGAUAUGCAGACUUGAUAGAGAAGCCGCGGGAUAGAACACCACUAGGUCGGAUGGGACCUAAUUCGGGGCUUGGCUGA